AUUCGAAUUUCUGCAUAGAGUGCGCCGCGCAGCCCACCGGAAGAUCAUGGUGGGCACUGGGAGAAGUUGAGGGUCAGCAGACAGCGGCGGGGAGAAGCUCGCGCGGGGAAUGACCUUCUAGUUUCACUGAGCGCCUCCUGGUCUGCAGCAGCGAGUCGUGCGAGCGCCAUGCUGCCGCGUAGCGUCGAGCACAGACCUUUCCUCAAGAUUCAUCCUCACAGAUGCGAAGCGCGUGCCACGUCGUCCGGCGGCAAUGCGUCGUAGAGGCGCGGGGUGACGGCAUGCAAGCGAGCAGCCCGGGCCAGGGUCGCCCAGAGCCGAGGGGCAGCGGGGGCGUCCUGCCCCCGGUCGAAGCGGAAGGACCCUGCUGGGACCCGCGGCUGCGCAAACAGCGGCUGCGCAGAAACCUGCUCGUGGUGAGCGCCAGUUCGUUCCUCGUCAACUCUGCCUUCCUGUCACUGAGCCACCUGCAGACGAGCAUGCUGAACGUCGAGAGCGGCCUUGGUACCGUGUCGUUGAGUGCCAUUUCAUCCUCGUUCGUGCUCUCGUGCAUGUUCUUGGCGCCCUUCUUCAUCAGCGUGGCGGGUCUCAAGGUUACCAUUGGCGCUUGCACUCUCCUCUAUACGCCGUACUUUAUCGCCAACUUCUAUCCACACUGGGUGACCGUGUUGCCUACGUCUUUCGUACUUGGUUUCGGAGCAGGGCCUUUGUGCACGGCCAACUAUGCGUACGUGGCCGAGCUGGCAACCCAGUAUGCCGGACUACACCGCCAGAAUGCCGAAGCGGCGUUUGGGCGCUUCUUUGGUGUUUUCCUUAUGUUCGGCCAGUUGUCCCAGGUGUUUGGAAAUCUCCUAUCGUACGUGAUCAUUGAAGCCGGUGGCGCCACUGGGGAAAGUACUGUGGUCAGCCAGGAGGCGAGCAGCGACAAGCGUUCCAGUUGUGGAGUCAACUUCUGUCCCCACUCAGCGCUUCCGACCAACAUGACCGCACCAUCAGUGACGAGCCGCUUCCAGUUGUGCGUGGUGUAUACAGCUUUCGGUUGGAUCGCAGCUCUGGCCGUCUUCCUGCUGCUUGAUCCGCUUGAGCGCAAGAUGCAGCGCCACGACAGGGCAUCUCUGCAGCUGCUCAUGCUCACUAUGAGACACAUGAAGAACCCGUACCAGAUAUUCAUCAUCCCCUUGACCAUUUUCAGCGGAUUGGAGAUAGCGUUCAUUGCGGAUGACUUCACGAAGGCGUAUAUCACAUGCACAUGGGGCGUGAACUACGUGGGAUUGUUCUUGGUGAGCCUCGGCGUGUCUGGAGCACUGUUCUCGCUCAGCUUCGGCUGGCUCCUGCACAUUACCGGCCGGCCGCAGAUGGUGCUGCUUGGCGCUGUGGUAAACGUGGCCAUGAUCAUCCUCAUGCUUAGCUACGAGGCCAGUUAUCUUCUUCUGGUCCUGUUGGUGGCCUCCGGAGUCUGGGGCAUCGCCGACGCCGCCUGGAAUACGCACCUCAUCUCAUUCUACGCCGUGGCCUUCAAGCAGAACCCGGAUGCAGCAUUCGCCAGCUGCCAUCUGUGGCGGUCCGUCGGCACCAUCGCUUCGCUGAGCUACAGCAGUCUCGUGUGUACCGACAUGAAGCUGUACAUUCUUCUGUGCGCGCUAACCGUCGGUGUGGCCGGAUACUUUGCCGUGGACGCCGAAGUGAAGCGCGUUGCAGCGGCAGCGGCAGUGGCGCUGCCGCAGGCCACCGUGGUCAGCGCUACGGUGACGCCCAUCGUGAGCGCGGCCGGCCUGCAGCCGUUAGCCGCGACCCGAAGCCUUGACGGGGGCAUCCAUGUCGUCAUUCCCGCUCUGCUCACCUCAAACCCUCUGGUGGCGCGCUUUUUUUUUCCUUUGACAAGGCAGCAAGCAUCCCAGAACACCUACGUGAUGGCGAAGAUCCAAGAGAAAGGCGCGGUGCCCGAGCUUAUGAGCUACGAGGAAGCCACUAUGAAGACUCCGAGGAACAUAAUAAAAAACGUUGUUACCAUGAGCUUCAGCUUCCUGUUGCUCUUCACAGCAUUCCAGUCGGUGUCCAACUUGCAGAGCAGCAUAAACUCGGUGCAGGGACUGGGCACCUUCACGAUGGCGACCAUCUACGUCGCGCUCGUGCUAUCGUGCAUGUUUGUGCCCCCGCUCAUGAUUCGCAAGCUGAGCCUUAAGCACACGCUGGUCGUGUCCAUGGCCAUGUACGUGUUCUACUUUGUUGCCAACUUCUACCCGACCUGGGCGACCCUGCUGCCGGCCUCCAUCGUGAUGGGUCUGGGCGGCGCACCACUAUGGACCGCCAAGUGCGCGUACCUGACCACCGUGGCCAACGAUUACGCGGCCCAGACUCGCCAGAAACCGGUCGACGUCGUGACCCGCUUCUUCGGGCUCUUCUUCAUGAUCUUCCAGACGGCCCAGAUAUGGGGGAACCUCAUCUCAUAUUACGUGCUCAAACCGGCCAGCAGGCCGGCCAACGCCAGCGCGAACAUCGACAGCUGCGGAAUUCGUUUCGUGACCGCCGAGGACGACGCGGACAAUGAGAACCUGCAACCGCCGGACAGCGCCAAAAUUUACACACUCAUGGGCAUCUACACGGCGUGCUCGGUGCUCGCGGUGCUUAGCAUGUUGACUCUGUUGGACCCGUUGGCGCCACCGUCCAGACUCGCCUCUAAGAAGCCGGCCGCCCUGCUCGUGGAGACACUGAGGCAUCUACGAAAGCCGUACCAAUGGGCCAUUCUGCCACUCACUGUCUACAGCGGAGUCCAGCAGGCUUUUCUCAUCGCUGACUUCACUCAGGCUUACGUGAGCUGCGCCCUUGGAAUUCACUAUGUGGGCUUCAUCAUGAUCACUUUUGGCUUGGCAGACGCCGUCUUUUCGAUGGCGUUUGGCACUAUCAUAAACUUCAUCGGCAGGAUUCCCAUAUUUCUUCUUGGUUCUGCUGUUAACGGCGCUAUAAUAGUUGUACUCUGUAUGUGGAAACCAACGCCGGACGAGUUCUACGUUUUCUUCCUCAUUGCUGGCUGCUGGGGCCUAGGUGACGCUGUAUGGCAAACGCAAGUCAAUGCCUUCUAUGCCAUUGUGUUUCCGGAGGACGAGGAAGCUGCCUUCGCGAAUUACCGGCUGUGGGAGUCUCUCGGUUUCAUCAUUGCGUUCGUCAUACAGAAGUUGCUUCCUAUUCACCACAAGGUGGUCGUCCUAGGUACCUUCUUGGUCAGCGGCAUGUUGGGAUACCUGGCCAUCGAGAUACACCUCGCGGUCAAGAAGCGAAAGGUCGUGGUUGUGACAAGGCAUGGCUGAUGGUCGUCAACGGCGCGGCGAUGGGUCAAACGUGUGACUUCGAUGUUAGCCUGUAAAAAGUAAAGAUGAAGUUAAAA